AGGUACCUACCCUUAUACCUCUAACACUACAUAACGUCUGUGUUUGUGAUCUAAUUAUAUUGCAUUGUUAUAAAUAAUGAUAAAAUUAUCAAAUAAUAGACACAACUUUUCUUGAAUAUCGAUCGAUCAUGUUAUUUUUCAGUCUUAUAGGCUCGACUUUUGUUUUCCUUUUAUUUAAUUUUAUGAUUCAUCGGUCAUUCGGUCUUGGAGUAGAGAUACCAGAAAAGUUUCAAAAGAGUAACCAUACCAACAACUGGGCAGUUUUGGUUGAUACAUCGCGAUUUUGGUUCAACUAUCGCCAUGUAGCGAAUGUGUUAUCCAUUUACCGCAGUGUAAAAAGGCUUGGAAUACCGGAUAGCCAAAUCAUUCUGAUGAUAUCUGACGACAUGGCAUGCAACCCUCGGAAUCCGCGGCCAGCUACAAUCUUUAACAAUGCUCAUGAACAAAUAAAUGUGUACGGAGAUGAUGUUGAGGUGGACUACAGAGGUUAUGAAGUAUCAGUAGAAAAUUUUGUCCGUCUACUAACUGGGCGUGUGCCACCUGACACUCCUCGCUCUAAGCGCUUGCUCACCGAUGAAGGCAGUAACAUCCUCAUCUAUCUCACAGGCCAUGGUGGAGAUGGGUUCUUGAAAUUCCAAGACUCUGAGGAAGUUACAAGCCAAGAGCUGGCUGAUGCUCUGGAGCAAAUGUGGCAGAAAAGACGCUAUAAUGAAAUAUUCUUCAUAAUAGACACAUGUCAAGCAUCAUCUAUGUAUGAGAAGUUUUAUUCACCAAAUAUUUUAGCGACUGCCAGUAGUUUAGUGGGAGAAGAUUCUCUCUCUCAUCACGUGGACUCUGCUAUUGGAGUAUAUAUAAUCGACAGAUACACAUAUUAUGUCUUGGAGUUCCUUGAAAAUGUACACCCAAACAGCAGGAGAACUAUGUCUGAAUUUUUGGCAGUGUGUCCAAAAAGCGCUUGUCUAUCCACCGUCGGAGUCCGUCGAGAUCUAUUCAAGCGCGACCCAGACAAAGUGCCGAUCACCGAUUUUUUCGGGUCAGUCCGGCCAGUCAUCAUGACCACGGAUCCCAUCAAUAUACUCGACAUUCCAAAAAGGAAGAAGACUGUUGUGAACAAAACCAAAGUGCAAGAAAAGCGGGAGUAUUUACCCCAGUUCCCAAUGCAUCUAGUCCAUGCUACCUGAGUAAUUAGCACAGAAACCUGCAUUGAACUCUAUGUAGUGGUAAUAGAGGCUAAGUAUUUUAAGUAGGUCGAUGUGCUGUUACCGUUUGUAUUUUUUAUUUUUAAAAUAUACUUAUUUAAUUAGUUAAGCAUUUUCAUUGAUAUUGUAACCGUACUUUCUGUUGUUGAUAAACUUAGCUAAGUAAUGUCAGAGUGUUCGACACAUUGGUUUGAGCGGACUUUAAAACAAUAUUUUAUUUCAUUAUGCGCAAAACAUAUACAGAGUACCAAAUAUAAAUAACCUUAAAAAUUGCGAAAAAUAAGUACAUAUGGUAUACGAAAAAUAAACAUUUCUUCGUAAGUGUUUCAGUUUCAUAGUUUCUAGUCUACCUCAUCUCUUUAAAAAAUAUUCUUUUUUCUUCCAAAUAUGUUCGCGGACAUCGACAAUAGAUAAACGAUUUGUAGGUAGCCGAUAAAUUAAAUUAAUCAAAACUUCAAUAAAAAACAAGUUGUAUUAAAUAGGUAAUUUAUUCUCUAUAAGUACUAAGAAUAAUUUGUUUAACAAUAUGUAAACACAACCGAUUCAGUUAUUUGAAAUCUAUAACACAACUUUCUCGUAUUAGCAAUAAGUCAAUGCAUGCGUGUCUCACAUGAUAUGAGAUCAAAUCUACAGGACUAUAGCACCAUUUCAGUUACAUUCAUAGGCCAUUACUUUUUGGUCUAAUAUUCAUUCCAUACUAACUAACGUUCAUACGUAUCUAACUCAGCCUAAGAGCAAAUAAUUUUGUUUACUACUUUUACCAUUUUGUACAGCAAAAUCUCUGAAUCUAUAUAAAAUAUGUAAUAAGAUACAAAAUGUCACUAUUCCUAGUUAUCUGAUAGCUUUAGAAUAGUUAUUAUUUAUUUUGUCUCAUGUCUAUUUUCAUUGAAACAACGAGACAAAACAAAUAAAUACUAGUCCAAGCUUUUGUCUGUUCAUAGAAGAGAUAUCAUAGACAAAGAAAACUUAAGACAACGAUAUAUAACAUAACCAAAUGAUAUAUAACAUUUCCAUACAAUUUUCGUCCUAUCUCAUACAAUUGGGGGAUGUAGGAACAAAUUAUAUUAGUACUCUGUCCCGUUCCUUAUCGUGUAUUUCUAACGCGCGAUUCUCUUGCAUGCGCAAAACAAAAGAUACGAUGUCUAUACUUUCUCUGUCUACAAAUGAUAUAGAUAAUGCCAGAUCUUUAAGAGUGACAGGUGUAAUGACAAGUAGGUAACAAAACUGUAUAUUGAUUUACCAAUUAUUGAUUUAAUUAUGUCCGUAGGAGAGGAA